GGUUCCUGGUAUUGCCUAUGUAUAUAUACAUCAGACACUGAAACCUUCUGCAGAAAAUGCUAACAUGUCGUACAAGAUCUUGAUGGUGGCUGCCGUGGCGGUGCUCGGGCUGGCUGAUGAUGUUUUACACGAGCGGCACUCUUCACAUCAACACUACCAUUCUGGCUCCGCUUCCAACGAGUCUGAUUACCACACCGGUUCCUCCUACCACGAUGCAUAUCACCAUUCUAGUUCUUCCUACCACGAUUCAGAAUAUAGCAAGAAACCGGACUACAACUUCCACUACAGAGUGAAGGACAAAUACUACAACGACUUCGGCCACUGGGAGGAGCGCAAAGGCUACACCACGAAGGGCUGGUACGAUGUGGUGCUGCCUGACUAUCGCAGACAAGAGGUGCAUUACAUCGUAGACGGCAAGAAAGGCUACAAAGCCACGGUCACCUACACCCCCGUGAAGAAAGACAAGCAUCACAAGGGCGGCCACGGCCAUGGCUCCUACAAAGGUGACCCACAUAAGCGUGGCUCAUACGAAGAUGACCCAUACAAGCCUGGCUCAUACGAACAUGACUCAUACAAGCAUAGCUCAUACGAAGAUGACCAAUACAAGCAUCAUGGCAAAUACGAGGAUGGACCAUACAAGCCUGGCUCAUACGAUGAUGGACCACACAAGCACGGCUCACACGAACAUGGACCAUACAAUCCUGGCUCAUACGAACAUGGACCAUACAAUCCUGGCUCAUACGAACAUGGACCAUACAAGCCCGGCUCAUACAAGGAUGGACCACACAAGCCUGGCUUAUACGAAAAUGGACCAUACAAGCCUGGUUCAUACGAGGAUGGACCAAAUAAGCCUAGUUCAUACGAGGAUGGACCAUACAGGCCUAGUUCAUACGAAGAUGGACCAUACAAGCCUGGUUCAUACGAGGAUGGACCAUACAGGCCUAGUUCAUACGAGGAUGGACCAUAUAAGCCUAGUUCAUACGAUGAUGAACCAUACAAGCCUGGUUCAUACGAGGAUGGACCAUACAGGAGUGGCUCAUACGAGGAUGGACCAUACAAGCCCGGCCCAUACGAGGAUGGACCAUACAAGCCAGGUUCAUAUGAGGAUGGACCAUACAAGCCUAGUUCAUAUAAGGAUGGACCAUACAAGCCUAGUUCAUAUAAGGAUGGACCAUACAAAACAGGCUCAUACGAGGAUGGACCAUACAAGCAUAGUUCAUACGAGGAUGGGCCAUACAAGAUAGGCUCAUACGAUGAUGGACCAUACAAGCCUGGCUCAUACGAGGAUGGACCAUACAAGCACGGGUCAUAUGAGGAUGGACCAUACAAACUUGGCUCAUACGAGGAUGGACCAUACAAGCACGGUUCAUAUGAGGAUUCAUACGAGGAUGGACCAUACAAGCCUAGUUCAUACGAGGAUGGACCAUACAAGACAGGCUCAUACGAAGAUGACCAAUACAAGCAUCAUGGCAAAUACGAGGAUGGACCAUACAAGCCUGGCUCAUACGAUGAUGGACCACACAAGCACGGCUCAUACGAACAUGGACCAUACAAUCCUGGCUCAUACGAACAUGGACCAUACAAUCCUGGCUCAUACGAACAUGGACCAUACAAGCCCGGCUCAUACAAGGAUGGACCACACAAGCCUGGCUUAUACGAAAAUGGACCAUACAAGCCUGGCUCAUACGAGGAUGGACCAAAUAAGCCUAGUUCAUACGAGGAUGGACCAUACAGGCCUAGUUCAUACGAAGAUGGACCAUACAAGCCUGGUUCAUACGAGGAUGGACCAUACAGGCCUAGUUCAUACGAGGAUGGACCAUAUAAGCCUAGUUCAUACGAGGAUGGACCAUACAAGCCUAGUUCAUAUGAGGAUGGACCAUACAAGCCUAGUUCAUAUGAGGAUGGACCAUACAAGCACGGCUCAUACGAGGAUAGACCAUACAAACCAGGAUCAUACGGAGAUGAUCCAUACAAACAUGGUUCCAAUAAACAUGACACAUAUAAAGCAAGCUCCCACGAAGAUGAUCCUUACAAAUCCACACCAUAUGAAGAUGACCCGUACAAGCCAACCUCAUACGAUGGUGGCCCGUACAAGCCUGAUUCAUACAAGGAUGAUCCAUACAAGGAUGAAUCAUACAAAGAUGACCCGCAUAAGGAUGAAUCCUACAAAGAUGAUCCACACAAGCGAGGAUCUUAUGAAUAUGAUCCAUACAAGCAAAGUUCUUACGAAGAUGAUCCACAUAAAUAUGACUCCAAUAACUAUGACCCUUACAAGCCCAGACCAUACGAAGAUGACCCAUACAAACAUGGCUCCUACGAAGAUGACCCAUUCAAACGUGGCUCAUACGAAAAUGACUCAAAGUACAAAGAAGACUACCGCGAAUAUGAGCCAAUCUUCUACACCUCAAGGCCUCAAUCGAAGGAAGUUUCCAGUGAAUAUGAAUCUGUGUACAAGCCAAGACCAUACAAUCCUGUCUCUUAUGACUAUAAACCACAGUAUAAGCCAGACCCAUACAGCCGUGAACACAACCCACUGUAUAUUCCCAUUCACUCGUAUGAGAGGUGA